AUGGAAGGGAGCAUCAUGUCCUAUCAGCUCUUUUCCUCUAACCACUUGCUGGACUCCAGGCUAGAUAGAGCUUGGCUGAAUAUACCACUGCUGCACUGUCACCCUUGCCCUGUUGUUCUUUUUUUAGCCUAUUUUACGCUGCAGGUGAUCUACGCCCGGCGGAAGCACAAGAUCUCCCCUCCUCAGACCACAGGUCACCCUGAAUUUGAGCGGAUCUUCAGAGCACAGGUGAAUUGCUCAGAGUACUUCCCAAUCUUCAUCUCGCUCCUCUGGGUUGCUGGGAUCUUCUUCCACCAAGGUGUGGCCGCAGCGUGUGGGCUGCUGUACCUCUACACCCGCUUCAAGUACUUCCAGGGAUACGCCGCAGCUGCGCAGGGACGGUUGAGGCCGCUGUACGCCAGUGCCUGGCUGCUCUGGCUGCUGCUGGGGCUGGCAGUGGCCGGGCUCCUGGCACACUUCCUGCUCUCCGUGCCCUCCACAUGGCUGGCAGCGCUGGCGCGGCCCCUCCAGCUGCUCGGUGCCUGGUGAGAGGGGCCGUGGCUCUCCCAAAGGCCCCCGUCUGCCCUCAGUGAGAGACUGAGCAUCGCCCCAGCUCUGUGCUUGCCUUUGAAGGGAGGCUGAUCCUGGCAUUCCUCUGCUUAUGAAGCUCUGCUCUUCAGAGAGAAUUUUGCUUCCAGAAAGCAAAUGCUGCCCAGCCUCUGCCCGUGGGCUUUGCUGCCAGGUUGUGUAGCUCUGCUCUAAAACCUCUAACGCUUUUGGCUGUGUCCCAGCAGGACUACCCCACACGCUGUCAUCACUCCUUACCAUGCAAUGAUCUCUGUUGAAAGAUCACACCAUGGAUA